CAUGGAGCCCGCGGAGGACUGGCUGGUGGAAUCCUUGCGCUUGUAAAUCGUGUGGGCCUGGGACUUGGAAUCCGGACCUGGAGCUAGCUUGGGGGCGGACGGGCGCGGCAUGGAGCACGCAGGGAACCCGCGGCAUGUGGGGCGGGACCUGUACGGAGGACUCCGCCUGGGCCUCGGCUCCCGCAGCUGGGAAAUGGCACCUUCCUGUGUACCAGGAUUUCCAUGCAUUCGACCUCUCGGGAGCCACUCGAGUCCUUGAAUGGAUUGGUGACAAAGGAAUCUUGGUUGCUGGCUAUGAAAGCCUGAAAAAAAAUGAGAUUCUUCAUCUGUUAUUACCUCUCAGACUUUCUGUAAAAGAAAACCAGGGCUUGUUCCCUGAAAGAGAUUUCAAGGUACGCCAUGGAGGAUUUUCAGACAGGUCUGUCUUUGAUCUGAAGUAUGUGCCAGACACCAGGUUGCUGGUGACCAGUGGCCUUCCCGGUUGUUACCUGCAGGUGUGGCAGGUUGCGGAGGACAGCGAUGUCAUUAAGGCUGUCAGCACCAUUGAUGUGCACGAGAAGGAGGGGCGUGUCUGGCCCAGGGUGGCCAUCUUCUCGUCGGCGGCGCCUGGAGUCCUCCACGGGGCCAGGCUCAGCAGUCUGAAGGUGGUGGAUCUGGAAUCGCAGAAGACCACGUACAGCUCAGGUGUCAGUGACGGCGAGUUGCUGAGUAGCCUGCAGGUCCUGGACGCAGCCACCUUUGCCUUCUGCUGCACCUCGGGCCGCCUGGGGCUUGUCGACACCCGCCAGAAGUGGGCCCCAUCAGAGAACCUCAGGCCCGGCUCUGGGUCCACUGGAGGGAGGUGGUGUGCAGAAGCUGGGGGCCGGGGCCCCGGGCCCAGCAUGGCCAGCCUUGGCUCGGACGGGCAGCUCUGUCUUCUUGACCCCCGGGAUCUCUGCCAGCCGGUGAGCUUGGUCCAGUGCCCAGUGUCCACGCCUAGCCCUGACCCAGAGCUGCUGCGAGUGACUUGGGCUCCAGGCCUGGACAACUGCUUGGCCAUUUCAGGUUUUGAUGGGACGGUCCAGGUCUAUGACGUCACGUCUUGGGGUGGAAUGGGGCGCCAAGUAGAACCUCUCUUCACUCACAAAGGUCACAUCUUCCUAGACGACAAUGGGAUGGACACUGCUCCACUGGUCACCACCCACACCUGGCACCCCUGCAAACCGAGGACUUUGUUGUCCGCAGCAAGUGAUGCCUCUCUGCACGUAUGGGACUGGGUGGACCUCCAUGCUGCCCACUGACUCCAGCAUCUUUCCGCCCAGGCCCUAGGAAGCUGCUGUGUAGCAAGGAUAUUGAUUCAGGAUUCAUGUGACCACAGAGCCCUGUUACCAGCUGAGUGGCCGUGGGCAAGUUAACCAGCCUCUCAGUCCCAGUUUCUUUAUUUGUAGAAUGAGACUGGUAAUAACUACCUGGCAGGACUGUUGGGAAAGUUAGAAGUAACAUAUUUUAAAAUAACUGGUAAGGGGACUUCCCUGGUGGUACAGUGGUUAAGACUUCAUGCUCCCAAUGCAGGGGGCCCGGGUUCGAUCCCUGGUCAGGGAACUAGAUCCCACGUGUAUGCUGCAACUAAGAGUUCGUGUGCCACAACUAAGGAGCCCACCUGCUGCAACUAAGGAGCCCAUGUGCUGCAACUAAGGCUCCCGCAAGCCACAACUAAGGAGCCCACCUGCUGCACCUAAGACCCAGCACAACCAAAUAAAUAAUAAAAAAUAAUAAUAAUAACUGGUAGGAUGGAGGCAUGGCACAAUAAAUAUUUGGUAGCUACUCUUAGAUCUGGGAGCCCCAUUUCCCCCAAGUGUAAAAUGGCAGCGUUUUACCCCUGUCUGCAUUCACAAUAUCAUGGAAUCUGAAGAGCCAACGAAUGUAAACAGGUUUUGUGAACUUUUUUACAGAAGUGAAAAUGUAUAGUGACAGAUAAUCAUGAAAAAAGUCAACCCCAGUAGCAAUGAAGGAAAUAGCAAUUAAAAUAAGAUUAUGCCAUUUUUAUGUACUAAAUUGCCAAAUUUUAAAACAUUUUUGCCUUGAACAGCUGAUAGAGGUUACAUGGUACACAAUUCAGAAGGUACAGAGGAGCAGCUUGGUUCUUUAUCCCAGUUGUAUGAUGUACCAUUGUUCAGUUGAACCAUAAUUUAUAUAUCCAGGCUUCUGUUAUGUGGCAUUUAAAAUGUUCUAAUCCUUUGAAAUUACAAGUAGUGUGUACAGCUUUUGUAUCCAUGAACAAUAUGUCUGUAGAAUACAUUUCUAAGAAUAAAACUGCUAAGGCAGAGGAUGUGAGCAUUUUUCAAUUUUAUAAAUACUGUCAAAGUGCCCUCCAUAGAGAUUAUGCCACUUUAUGACGGCAACGAUGAUGAUCGGUCUGAUUCUCUUAACCUCACCACCACUCUCCUUAGUGGCUUUUUGACCUUUGCCAGUCUGAUAAAUGAAAAAUCAUUAUUUGUACUUUUGGUCUGCAUUUCUCUUAUGUGUGAAGUUGAGACUCUUCACAUAUUUAAAAGUUUUGGGGCAGCUGUUUUUAAAGGUGGUAACAGCCAGCGUGGGGAGCUAGGCAUUCUCAUCAUUACCACCUGCAGCUGGCGUUCAGGCAGAGACUGGCCACCCUCCUCUCGGGCGGUUCUCACUGGAACACGGCCUUCACCAGAGUGAUGCUUUCCAACCCCUGCCCCCCAGGGGAGUAGGCCCAAAGGACAUUUCUUUUUGGCGGCCUGUAGCAAAUAUGAAAGUGUACCUGCAUGUGAUUCCUCACUGUCACAUUUGUUAAAGGAUUUUCAGCAAUUUUCUUGUUGAAAUUAUUUGAUUACUAGUCACAGUUUGGGCUCUGAUUUUUUUUAAAAAUAGCUUUAUUGAGAUAUAAUUCACAUACCAUACAAUUCACCCAUUUAAAAUGUACAAUUUAAUGGGUUUUGGUAUAUUACUUUAUUAGUUUUUUUUGCGGUACGCGGGCCUCUCACUGUUGUGGCCUCUCCCGUUGCGGAGCCCAGGCUCCGGACGCGCAGGCUCAGCGGCCAUGGUUCACGG